GUUAAUGCUGUUACAACCAACCAGUCUUAUACAACCGACGGUAUAGAUGCUGAGUUCUGGUAUACAUUAAUGUAAUAUCAUACGAUAUGAAGUGAUUAAACUAUAGAAGUUGGUAGAACACCACAUGACUGUUAAAACACUGAAGGAUUACUAAUGGCGGCUAAUAACGGAAAACCACCAAUACUCUUACAACAAGCUGGUCGUGGACCAUUUGCACCUAGUCUUUCGCCGUUCCCUUUAAAACUGGAGACCUACUUAAGGAUGGCUAAACUUGAAUAUAAGAAUUCUCACGAAAGGAAGCGGUCUAAAAAGGGUAAAAUUCCAUUUAUCGAGUUCGAAGGUGAAGAAGUGAAUGAUUCGAGUUUGAUUAUAGAAUUCCUUAACGAUAAAUACAAAAUAGAUCUAAACAGCCAUCUUACCAGUUCAGAACGAGGCAUAGCCAGAGCCUUCCAGAAAAUGGCGGAAGAAAAUCUGUACUGGUGUGUGGCACUACAUAGAUGGGUUUACGACAAUAAAGAUUGGAUGAAAGAUGUCGUAGGAGUACCAAAAUUAUUUGUGUGGAUUGUCGGUAGAAAGAUAAAGUCGGAAGCGGAAGGACAGGGUAUUGGUCGCCAUAGUUACGAAGAGAUGAUCCGGAUAGAAGAAGGCGACAUAAAGGCCAUGUCGGAUUUCUUAGAUACCAAGCCAUUUUUCUUUGGUGAUAAACCAUGUGAGACGGACUGUGCUUUAUUUGGACAGUUAAGUCAGCUGAGAUGGCAAUUGCCCGGUACCAAGGCUGAAUAUUUUGUAAAUGAAAAGUACACCAAUCUUCGUGAUUAUUGUGAUCGAAUGAAGACGACAUUCUGGCCUGAUUGGGAUGAUUGUAUCACACACGGAGAUAAGAACAACAUACCAAAAUCAUAAACAUUAAUGUAUUUAUAAAAGAUGUAUUUUGUAAGAGCUAAAUCUGGCUAAGGCCGAUUUUUAUUUUGGCUUCACUUACAGGUUAUAAAAAUCAUUAAUUAAACAUUUAUUUACCAAGGUAUGUUACUGAAUCAAGUGGCGUGGUUUAAUUUCCCCGCUUGUACCUGACACGGAGUAGGGUGUGUUGUCUGUCAAACCUCGUGGGGUUUCUUCGGGUCCUUCGAUUUACUCCCACUGCUAAGCGAAUUAUUGAGAUAAAAUUGAACCGUAUGUUAGUCCUGAAAAAAACAAGUUUCUGACGACUGGACGAUAAACCCCAUUUCUCAGGGAGCCCCGCCUCCAACUUCCCGGUUUCCCCUCACUACUAAAAGAUCCCUACGCGCAAGCCCAUGACAAUCGAGACUACACUGUUCUUCCAGAGACGAUAACUAGGCCCGAAUUGAAAUAAUCUGACUAUCUAUUAGAGAUUAUCUAUUUUUUAACUAUUAUAGCGAAAAUCGUCAGCUCUUUAUUCUUAUAUAAUGCACCUUUAACAUUAAAUAAAUUAAAAUUUCAUCCAACA